AACCGCCGCCUCCUGAACCACCCAAGUCUUGCAAAAACGCCUUUGAACGCGGGGAAAAAGCGAACAAGGAAUACAUGCUCCAGGUGGAUGAAUCUACGAAACUUCCUGUUUAUUGUAACAUGGAUGGCGCUGGUCUCGGAGAUUGUGGAGGUGGCGGAUGGACACUGGUAAUGAAAAUAGACGGCACAAAGUCCACAUUUAAAUAUGACUCACCUUUCUGGAGCGACAAGAAGGAGUACGAACCUUCAAGCGGGCAAAAUUUGGACGCCGGAGAGACUAAGCUGCCAACAUAUUGGAGCACAUCCUUUACCAAGAUCUGCCUGGGUAUGAAGGUUGGUGCGGAAAGCAAGUUUAUCGUUUUAAACCAAGCGACAACCUCCUUACAUUCUCUAAUUGCCGAUGGCCAAUAUCGCAAAACCUCACUGGGCCGAGAUGCAUGGAAGUCUCUCGUUGCUGAAGCCUCCUUACAGCAAAAUUGCAACAGAGAAGGUUUCAACGCCGUGAGUGAUCUGCCAAAUAGUUCGAAAGCACGAAUUGGUAUCGUGGGAAACAAUGAAAACGAUUGCAAGACCAGCGAUUCACGAAUCGGGUUUGGUACCGCUGGAUAUCCAGACGACAGCAAUUCGUGUGGCGACGCGGCAAAGCACGGUGGAGAUAACGGCGACAAACUCAUCAAAGCCAUGGGUGUCAUCCUCGUUCAAUAAAAACAGUUGAACUUCAAGCACUAGGGGCUAGGCUAAGCUACUGGCUGUUGAGCACAGUUUUUAGUAAAUGCAAGCUAAUAUGUCUCAUUGAUGACAAAAGUAAUAAAAUGGAUUAUUGG